CAAGAAUAUGCCUUUCUUUUUACUAAAAUUUUAGUGCAGAAGUUCGGAUUCGUUUCCCCUUCCUUUUCUAGAGAUUAUAGUCAAAAUCAGAUCGCUCUCAACCGCCAUUGACGUGGGCGGCCGGCAAACCUGUCCAUCCUCCUCACUUGUAUUUCAAUUCCGACGAAAGAUUGCCUUUUUCCGAUCUUCGUUUCAAUUCCUGUUUCGGAAACCAAUCGGUUAAGCGAGAACAGUUAACAGAAACCAGUUUAUGAGCUUUAGACUUGGUCUGAGACGUGCGGAGUCGAGUUCUCUGGGCAAGGCUAUGGCGCAGGAAUUGAACUCAUCUGCGCCGGCAACCGCAACGGCAACAGCCGCCACUGUAACUUCAACGUCAACAACGAAGAAAUCGCUAUGGCCUUCUGCCCUUCGUUGGAUUCCCACAUCUACGGAUCACAUUAUAUCCGCUGAAAAACGCCUUCUAUCUCUUGUCAAGACACCAUAUACUCAAGAGCUGGUUGAUAUCGGAUCUGGCCCACCAGGAUCUAAGGUCAGGUGGUUUCGUUCUGCUAGCAAUGAAUCAAGAUUCAUCAACACCAUCACCUUUGACAGCAAACAGGAUUCUCCUACUCUUGUAAUGGUGCAUGGAUAUGCAGCUUCUCAAGGUUUCUUUUUUAAAAAUUUCGACACUCUUGCCAAACACUUCAGAGUGAUUGCAAUCGAUCAGCUAGGUUGGGGUGCAUCUAGCAGGCCUGAUUUCACUUGCACAAGUACAGAAGAAACUGAAGCUUGGUUUGUUGAUUCCUUUGAGGAAUGGCGAAAGGCCAAAAACCUCAGCAACUUUGUUUUGCUUGGGCACUCGUUUGGAGGAUACAUUGCAUCCAAAUAUGCUCUCAAACACCCGGAGCACGUACAACAUCUGAUUUUGGUGGGACCCGCUGGAUUUACAUCAGAAACCGAACAUAAAUCAGAAAGACUUACAAAAUUCCAAGCAACAUGGAAAGGAGCUGUUUUGAAUCAUUUAUGGGAGUCUAAUUUUACUCCAAUGAAGGUUGUGAGAGGCUUAGGGCCAUUUGGUCCAAAUUUAGUCCGUAAAUACACAAGUGCAAGAUUUGGUGAAGGUGAAGGGUUGGCUGAGCAAGAGUCUGCAUUACUCACAGAUUAUGUGUACCAUACUUUGGCUGCAAAGGCCAGUGGAGAGCUCUGUUUGAAGCAUAUUUUUUCAUUUGGGGCGUUUGCUCGGAGCCCUCUAUUACAAAGAUCUUCAGAGUGGAAAGUGCCAACGACGUUUAUAUACGGUUUCCAGGAUUGGAUGGAUUACAAGGGGGCGGAGGCAGCACGGAAGAAUAUGAAUGUCCCGUGUGAAAUUAUACGGGUCCCACAGGCUGGUCACUUUGUGUUUCUGGAUAAUGCAAAGGGCUUUCACUCAUCAGUAUUGCAUGCUUGCAGGAGAUUUCUGUCUCCAGAUAUGGCUAACUAUCCUCUAGAAGAAGGUGUUAUAUCUGUCUAAUUUACCAAUUUGACCUUGUUAAUACCUUAAUUAUAUGCAACACAAACUCAAUACAACACUUGUAUUAUAGCUUAUAAUUUGAUUGAAUAUGUAUUGGCACAAAAGUAAUGGGUUGUUUAUUUAUUUUA